UCCCUGAAGUCAGUUAGGCUCUGAUAAAACCCCAGCAGGUUAGCCUCUGAUUAAAUAGUUUCUCCUUAGGGCAGACCUUGUUAAGAAGAACAAAAAGCUGACGUAUUUCAAAAUGGUUCCUUUUCCCCACCCACUGCUAGAAGCACGAAUAGUCACCCUGAGGACCUGUGAGAGCUCUAGGAGCCUAUAAAAAAAUUGGAGAGUGGGAAAGAGGGGAUGGCUAAGUCCCUCUGACUUGUCCACUGAGCCUUCAGGUUUACCUACCCUGGUACCGCUUCCAUUGGAGGUGUGAGCAGCUAGUUUCUGCUCUGUGGUUACCAAUGACAAAGGAGCUGAGCUUCCAAAAAUUUAUUGAACAAUCUGACUUACUAGGAGAACUUAAAUAUGACUUCAAUGAAAAAGCUGAAUUCAGACACACCGAGACUCAAAGGCCUUUUGUCUUUAACUACUAUGAAAAUGGCCUUGAGGAAAAUAGCCAUCGCUACCAGGCCCUCGGCCAUUUGCUUGAACAAUACGUUUAUGAGCUUUUGGAGAAAGUGUGCAAAUUAGAAAAAGUUUAUAUCCCACCUGAGGCUGAUAAGGAAGAACCAAGAAGCUUUUUUUUCAUGAGUGAGAAAGCAUUAACAAAUCACCAUUCUGCUCUUCUUGUCCUUCUUCAAGGCCACGGGGUCUUUCGAGCUGGUCAGUGGAGUCAGCAGGCAAUAAUACAUCAUGGUCUCCAACAUGGAAGUCAAAUACCAUGUAUUCAAAUGGCAUUGCAGGCACAUUAUGAUGUAAUUGUACUAAACCCCAAUGAUAAUUUUGUGGAACUAAAGAUGGAAAAAGAGUGGAACGGCCUUUUAACACAAAAUAUUGAGUCUUCUUCUCUAAAAAUGGUUCAAGGUGGGAGCUUUUUCUCUCUCCAGCAUCCUCCCGAAUGUAUUCCAAAAAGAUGCAGCAACACCCCCGAAGAACACAUGGCUUACAUAUGGGAUUACUUCAUAUCAAAGACUGAAGGCAAGGAUAUUGCCUUCAUUGUACAUGGUUAUGGAGGCUUGGUUUUUAUGGACUUGCUUGUUCGUAGACGGUGGGAAGUGAUGAGCAAAGUAUAUGCUGUUGCGCUUAUUGACUCUGAACAUCAUGUAGGACACCAGCUGGGAAGUGAUGGACAGCUACUAGCAUGGAUAAAGCACCACUGCCGUGAAUGGGUGACAAGUCCUAAGCCUUUGGAUAAACCUGCAGCUGCUGUUUUCAAAAGGGAAUUUCCUAUGGUUUCUGCUGGUACAGAAAAGUACAGCUUAGCCCCUUCCUCUAGCCUUCAGUCAAUUUUUAAGUACUUUAAAAAAGCUUUAAAAGCCAAAACAACCAUUAAUUUCUCUCGAAUGCCAAUAGCGACUAGAAGUUCCACAAAAAGAAAGCAAAGUGCUUAAACUACUUUUGUCAUCUAAGUUUGUUUUGUUGUUGUUGUUGUUGUUGGUUCUCCUGCAACUUUGCUAAUACAGAUUCUGGAAAUAAAAAAAAAGAACACUUUCAACUCACACACAAUAUGAUGUUCUGGCUUGAGGUUUGAUUUGUUACUUUUUGUUACCUUUGUUUUUAUGAGGCAGGGUCUGACUUUGCUGCCCAGGGUGGUCUGGAAAUCUGGCCUCAAGUGAACCUCCCACUUCACCCUCCCGAAGUGUGGGGAUUAUAGGCUUUAGCCACUGCACAUGGCCAGGUUUGUUGCUUUAUUUUCUUUUUCUUUUUUUUUUUUUUUUAAGGAGGGGUCUCACUCUAUCACCCACGUUGGAAUGCAGUGGCACAAUCUCAGCUUACUGCAACCUCUGCCUCCUGGGUUUAAGCAAUUCUCCUGCCUCACCUUCCCAAGUAGCUGGGAUUACAGGCGCACACUACCACGCCUGGUAAUUUUGGUAUUUUUAGUAGAGACGGGGUUUCACCAUGUUGGCCAGGCUGGUCUAGAAUGCCUGACCUCAGAUGAUCCACCCACCUCAGCCUCCCAAAGUGCUGGGAUUACUGGUGUGAGCUGCUGCACCUGGCCAUUUUGUUGUUUUUUUGAAAAGUGAACAUAUUCUCUUUUGUAGCCUAUUGAUGAAGUGGGAAUUCAGUGCCAUCAUUAAUGUUUUGCAGUAUUUUUUAAGUGUGAAGAUCUUUCUUUUAACAAAUUAUGGUUUAAUAUAAUGACAACAAAAUGGCAAUUGAUAAAAAAUAUUGUCAAUCUUUGAUUUCUAUACCACCAUAAUAAAAUUACAAGUGAACGUAAAAAUUAAACAUCAUGAACAAACUACAUUCUUUGUAUAUGUUUUUUGUUAAAAUGUGUUAUACUUCCUGUUCACCAGGUCAGAAGAAAAAAAUUU